AUGACAGAAUUUUCAUCGAGCAGCAAGUCAGCCGUAGCAGCAGUGCCUGCUGCACCCCCAGGAGGCACAUCGCGCCUUGCUGCUUUUCCCGCUGCUGCCGCUGGCGCAUGCGCAGCGUCUUGCGGCUCAGAAGCUCAGCACCAGGCCUCCAGUGGAGGGCUAUCCUCCUUGAGAAUCUCAGGAGUAGCUCCUGCGUCAGUCUCCGCAGAUUCCGUUGCUCUUCCCCAGGUGUACUCAGAGCAGGGAGAUCUGCUGGCAGUGGGGUGUCAUGACAGCAAGGUGACGUAUGGCCAUCACUCCGCGUCUGGACACCGCACGUACAAUGAAGAUCGAGUGUACGCGAGCACUGAUCUUGGGGCUGCAUGCGCCCCCCAGACAGGGCAGCCGACUAUGUUUUUCGCUGUGUACGAUGGGCAUAACGGAGAAGCUGCCGUCGACUUUGUUAGAGAAAAUCUGCACAUCAAUGUUUGCAGGGAGCCGCACUACAUGACACACGAUAUCUGCGGAGCACUGAAGUGGGGCUUUGCGGAAACAGAGGCUGCGUUGCAGCGGCUCGUUUUGGAGCAAAUUGGGGGUAGCGGCUUCACAGACACGGAGACGUCGCUUUUUUCCUCCGGAACUACUGCAUGCGUGGCGUUGCUGCAACACAACACAUUAUAUGUUGCCAGUCUAGGAGACAGUCGGUGUAUCAUCUCCCGAGCUGGCCGUGCUGUGCCUCUUACAGAAGAUCACCAUCUUCGCACCAACAGAAAGGAGCAAGCGAGGGUUCGAGCCGCUGGAGGCAGCUAUGACGACGAAGGGUAUUUGAAUGGCGUUUUAGCUGUCUCUCGCGCCUUUGGAGGUUUCAGCAAACAGACAGGCGAGAAGCUCAUGGGCUUAAGCAGCGAGCCAGACGUCAACGUACAUCACAUUAGAAAGGAGGACGAGUUCUUGCUGUUGGCGUGUGACGGCAUCUUCGACGUUCUUACAUCCCAGGAGUGCGUUUCCUUGGUGCGUUCGAAGCUGAGAGCCGGGGAUUCCCCCUUCACAGCUAGCCAGCAGCUAGCCGAGCUGGCCAUGCAGCGGUACUCGCUAGAUAACCUCUCCGUCGUAGUGGUAGUGCUGCAGUCUCCCAACAAGGAACCUGACAGAGAAAGAGAGGGCUGGUGGGGUGAAGAGGGAGACUCCGAAGAGCAGUACGUCAUUCCCCGUCAUCCUACUAGCAGUAGCGGCAGCUGCUGUGUCGGAGGGGCUGCCCAGCAGCAGCAGCAGCAGCAGCAGCAGCAGCAGAAGCCAGACAGACCGAAAUUCGACUUCUCUGUCCUUAAGGGAUUGCUGUAA